AUGAAAGCCCGUGACUUUGUGGCCAAUGAAGAUGUGGCAAUAAAGAUAAUCAAAAAUAAACGAGCCUUUACCAAUCAGGCACGUGAGGAGAUCCGUUUGUUAACACAAAUGAAUCGACUUCAGGACUCCAACACCGAUGCCUCCAGUAGUAACCACGGCGCUAAUUAUGUCGUUCGGCUGUUGACUCACUUCGUGUUCCGCGGACAUCUCUGCUUGGUGUUUGAGCUGCUUUCACAUAAUCUUUACGACCUGCUCCGCAAUACCAACUUCCGUGGUGUCUCACUGAAUCUUACACGCAAGUUCACCCAACAGCUCUGUUCCGCUCUGGAGUUCCUCUCCCGCCCUGACCUCCAAAUUAUCCACUGCGACUUGAAGCCCGAGAACAUCCUCCUCAUAAACCCCAAACGCUCAGCCAUCAAAUUGGUGGACUUUGGCAGCUCCUGUCACGUCAACGAAAAGGUCUACCAGUACAUCCAGUCGCGCUUCUAUCGCUCGCCUGAUGUUCUCCUUGGUCUCGACUAUACCAUGGCCAUUGAUAUGUGGUCUCUUGGGUGCAUCUUGGUUGAGCUGCACACCGGGGAACCUCUAUUCGCCGGACAGCAUGAGGUCAGUAACAUUCGAUUUCAGUUUGGCCUCUGA